GGUCCGCCCCCCCUUCCGUUCUCCUCCAGUAUCUGACAAAGCGACCGUCAGCCUCCGGGCGGCAGGACUCACCAGGUUGAUCCAGAGACUUCCAGCCGCGAUUGGUGCCUCCGAGUCUGUCAGGCCCUGCUGUUGACUACAGAGGAAUUUCACCUCUGGAUCCGAGUUAAAACACUUACGAUAAUGCCCACAAUAAAACUACAGAGCUCCGAUGGGGAAAUCUUCGAGGUGGAUGUUGAGAUAGCCAAACAGUCUGUCACAAUCAAGACCAUGUUAGAAGAUUUGGGAAUGGAUGAUGAAGGAGAUGAUGACCCAGUUCCCCUCCCUAAUGUGAACGCUGCCAUCCUCAAGAAGGUGAUUCAGUGGUGCACUCAUCACAAAGAUGACCCUCCUCCUCCUGAGGAUGAUGAGAACAAGGAGAAGAGGACAGAUGACAUUCCUGUAUGGGACCAGGAGUUCCUCAAAGUGGACCAAGGCACCUUGUUUGAACUGAUUCUGGCCGCCAACUAUUUGGACAUCAAAGGUCUGUUAGAUGUCACCUGCAAGACGGUGGCCAACAUGAUUAAAGGCAAAACCCCAGAGGAGAUCAGGAAGACUUUCAACAUCAAAAAUGAUUUCACGGAGGAGGAAGAAGCCCAGGUACGCAAAGAGAACCAGUGGUGUGAAGAGAAGUAAAGGGGCAAGAUCCUGCCAACACUCCACACUGAAAAAGAAUGGUCCCUGUUAACUGGUUGCACUGGCGUUGUUCAUACCAAUAGCAUGACCAUUUUAACUUUCCUGUGUUAUUAAUUUAAACAAAGCUCUUUUCUGUCUCCACACACACGGUGUGCAUUCUCAUAACAAAUAGUUCUGGUUUCAUGGCUUCGUACCCUUAAAGAUUAGAAAAUGUUUCCCUGUUGUUAAUCGCUAAGGUUGUCUUUUUUACUGGACAUGUUAUGUUUUUCUUUUAGGGUAAUUAAUGAAAUAAAAUGGCUCUUUUGACAAUGGAGAUGAAAGAGUGAAUAUUUUAUUUUUGCUCUGAGUGCAUCUGUUCAGUGAAACCAUGUUCAGAGAGGAUGGACUGCUUAAAAGGAAAAGUGAAGUUUAGGGUGGAAAGAAGUUUGAAUUUCUUUUUUGCGUAAUGUCCUUUGGACUCAAAAGUACUUGUGUGUUGUCACACAGCAUUGGGUAAUUUUUCCUAAUUCAUGUUUUGAAUUGGAAUCUUUUGUUGGAUACAGCUCAGAUGCUGGCUUUUGGGAUGAUCAAACCAUUUGAAGUAGUAAAUAAAACUCAUAAAAAGGGA